AUGAGAGAAAUCUUUUGGAGGUGUUGCGAAAUAGACGAGAGUAAACUACAGAGUAAGAAUACAUCAUCACGACCUUCAACGGCAAUUAUCGUCUUCUGUUUCUACCCAAGAAAAUGCGUUUCGUCCGGUAUCACAAAAUCUACGACCGAGCGCCAGCUGGGAAAGAUGCGCAGCCAAGUGGAUCGUCUUCUUAUGACACCUCUACAACGGCUCAAUCGGAAUGGAUUGUCCAGGAGAAAAUACAUGGUGCGAAUUUCUCUAUCCACGUUACCGAGUCCGUUAUCCGUUAUGCCAAAAGAGGAGCCUUUCUGGAUUUCGAUUAGGACUGUUUCAACGACUUCCA